GGCCCAUCAUAGCUUGCGAGUACAGGCAAUUGCGGGUAGAGUAAGAUGCGAGUACAGAUUGCCAAAUUCAAACCCUAACUGCCAUUUGGGGAAGGAACACUCGGUACUCGCCUUGGAUCUUCAAUUCAUCAACUACUUCUCUAAUUCAUGUACUCUGUAAUGCAUUUUCAGGACACACAACAAUUUCAAUGGUUAUAGAUCUUGAACUGCCGUCAGAAGAUCAUCAAAAAGACGUGGAAGAUAGUAGAUCACAUCUAAGUAGAAUUGAAAAAGAUUAUGUGUGUGAAACACAUACUGGAGAUGGACCAACUACUAAUUCUCUGAGGCCUGAUGAAUUUGAGGAAGAGUCUGAACAAACUUCAGCUGGAUGCACAUCAAACAGUAAACACAGAGUGCAUGCCGGAGGCGUGGCAGAUGUGAAUCCUCAUAGGGACUUGGAGCCCCAUAAUGGUAUGGAGUUUGAUUCUAAAGAGGAUGCCUUUACAUUUUAUAAAGAAUAUGCUAAGUCUGUUGGAUUUGCCUCCAUAAUUAAGGCAAGUCGGCGAUCAAGAAUAUCUGGAAAAUUCAUUGAUGCAAAAUUUGUUUGUACCAGAUAUGGCAAAAAGCGUGAAUCUGUCACAGCUGAAAAUCCAGAGUCUGUUUUAGAUGCAAAUGACCAGGAAAACAUUCCUGUCAAGCGCAAACGAGGCCGGAUUAAUGAAUCUUUGUCGAAAACAGAUUGCCAAGCUUGCAUGCAUGUUAAGGGAAGACAGGAUGGAAGAUGGUUUAUAAAUAGUUUCAUUAAGGAGCAUAACCAUGAAAUUUUUCCUGACCAGGCCUACUAUCAUCGUGGUCAAUGGGACAGAGAGUUAGGUAGCAAUCGUGUUACUUCUUUUCAUGCUAUCCGGGCAAGGACGAAGAAGGUAUAUGUGUCAAUGUCUAGGAAAUCAGGGACAACUAAGAAAGUCGAGAACAAAAAGAGUGAAAUUGUAAAUGCUAGUAGAGAGACUUUGGCUUUAGAGGAGGGAGAUGCACAGAUAAUGCUUCAACAUUUUCUGAACAUGCAAGUUGAAAAUCCCAACUUUUUCUCUGCAAUAGAUCUGAAUCCUGGACAGCGAUUGAGAAAUGUCUUCUGGGUAAAUGCCAAAGAAAGGCUUGACUAUGAACACUUUUCUGAUGUAGUAUUCUUUGAUACUACAUAUAUAAAGAAUGAGUAUAAGUUGCCAUUUGUUCCCUUUAUUGGGGUGAACCAUCAUGCACAGUUCAUGCUGCUUGGAUGUGUUUUAAUUGCUGACCAGAGUAAAUCCAAUUUUGUUUGGGGAAUGCAGGCAUGGCUGAAAGCAAUGGGUGGACGGGCUCCAAAAGUAAUUUUAACUGAUCAAGACAAAGCAUUGAAAGAAGCAGUAGCUGAAGUCUUUCCAAAUUCCCGCCAUUGUUUUUGUUUAUGGCAUGUUCUGACUAAGAUUCAGGAGAAGAUUGGAUUUGUCAUGAGGCGAAAUGAAAACUUUCUUGCUAAAUUUAACAAAUGUGUCUUAAAAUCAUGGGAUGAAGAACAAUUCGAAAAGAGAUGGUGGAAAAUGGUUGAUAGAUUCGGCUUAAGAAAUGAUACAUGGAUCCAGUCAUUAUAUGAGGAUUGCAAACAAUGGGUUCCGGCAUAUAUGACAGACAUUUUCUUGGCUGGGAUUUCUACACCGCGACGUUCCGAAAGUAUCAAUACACUUGUUGAUAAACUUAUACAGCGGAAAUCUACAUUGACAGAAUUCUUAGACCAAUACAAAACAUGUCUAUAUGAGAAGUCUGAGGAGGAAGCAAAAGCAGAUUUCGAGACAUGGCAUAAACAACCUGGCUUAAGAUCACCCUCACCAUUUGGAAAACAAAUGGCACAGAUGUAUACACAUGCAAUUUUUAAAAAGUUUCAAGUUGAGGUUUUGGGUGUGGUUGCUUGUCAUCCAAAAAAAGUAGGUGAUGAUGGUUCAAUUAAAACAUAUAUAGUUCAAGAUUUUGAAGAGAACCAAGAUUUUAUGAUGAUUUGGAAUGAAAGGACGUUUAGUAUUUGUUGCUCUUGUCACUUGUUCGAGUACAAUGGUUUCCUGUGUAGACAUGUGAUGAUUGUUCUGCAAAUGUGUGGCGUCCAUAAUAUCCCAUCACAAUAUAUUCUAAAACGCUGGACGAAGGAUGCAAAAAGUAGGCAAAAUAUGGGACAUCUGGAAGUGGUUGAAUCGAGGAGUCAACGAUACAACAAUCUUUGUCAACGAGCCCUUAAGCUGGGUGACGAAGGGUCUUUAUCUGAAGAGAGCUAUAAUAUAGCAUUCAAAGCUCUGGAAGAAACCUUGAGAAAAUGUGAGAGAGUAAAUUUUUCUAUUCAAAGUAUGUUAGAGCCUUGUUCUCCAUCACUUCACAGUUUUCAUGAUUUAGAAUUAAAUCAAGACAACUGCACAAGCAAGAAAACCAAAGAAGGUUGUGGGUCCAGAAAGGGUACUGAAAGAGCCAGAGGCAAUAGGCAUGCCUGUGGGAUGGCAACAGCUGGUUUGUGUUUAUUUCCAGUUUAUAUUCCAUCAGGGACUAGAAGCAAUAGAGCACCAGAUGGUAUAGAUGAGGAUUUGAUGUAUCGUGCUUCCAUGUCAAAGGCACACUCGGCACUCAGAGCUCCUAUCUUUGAUUGUUCUUAUGAAUCACAGGAGGCCGUACAAGUGACGGAGCAGCUAAACACAAGGGUUCCGUCCCUAGAUGCCUAUUUUGGAACGCAACUUGUUCAUGGAAUGGAAGAAUUAGGUACUUUAUCUUUAAAGCGCAAUGAUUAUUUUGGCAAUCAGCAGAGCAUGCAGGAACUGGGACAACUAAAUUCAACAUUGCUCCAUGAUGCAGAUUUACUGUCUCAACAAAGAUUGCUUGGGAUGGGGCAACUUAAUUUCAGGCCACAAAUGAUGCAGGGUUGUUUUGACAUGCAGCACAAUCUGCGAGAUAUGGAGCAUUCUGAUGUGAGGCCUGUGGUUUUACAUGCCAUGGGAUCGAAACAGUCGCAGUCAAAGCACUUGCCGCUUUAAAUGUCAAGUUAGAGAACCUGUUCCGAUGUAUAUAUGUUUGAGAACUUGUGGGACUCUCUGACGUGAAGGGAAUUUGUGGCUUCUUGGUUGACUAUCUUUCUGUAUGUAUGGUUGUAUAGACUAGUGAAAGUUUUAUCAUUGUUGCUUAUGCUAAUAGUUCUUACUAGGAACUUUAAUAUAAAUUUUUUUAUUGUUCUUGCACUUUCGGAGCGUAUUCUACUGCUGAAAGUUGUGUAGUCUUUACUACAACGUAACGUGAGCAUGGGUUGGUGAA